UCACCCCUUUUCUACUUCUACUUGAUGCCUUUCUAUUUAUCUCAUUAGUAUCUCAGUUGAUUCAAGUAAAAAACAAGAAUUAGUGAAAUGUUAUGAUCUGGGUGAUAAUUUUUAUCUCUCGUUGUUUUUGUUGUGAUCCGUGUUUGUUAUGCUCAGAAAUUGAUAGUGUUGCAAAAAGGACCAAGAUACAAAAAUCUGCAAGAUCAUACACAAAAUGUCUAUAAUGACCAAGUUACGCUGUAUCACUCUGGAUGUUACUGGCACAUUAAUAGCUUACAAGGGGGAUCUUGGUGACUACUAUUGCAUGGCAGCCAAAUCUGUAGGACUGCCGUGUCCAGACUACAAGCGUGUACAUGAGGGCUUUAAAAUUGCAUAUACAAAGAUGGCAAAAGAACAUCCCUGUUUCGGUUUUGCAGAGAAAAUUCCCAACAUUGUGUGGUGGAAAACUUGUGUUAGAGACUCUUUUGUAAAGGCAGGAUAUGAUUAUGAUGAGGAGACAUUUGAAAAAGUGUUCAAACGCAUAUACUCCACCUUUGGCUCUGCUGCACCUUAUACUAUGUUUUCAGAUUCCAAGCCUUUCCUAAGAUGGGCCAGGGACGAAGGUUUACUGGUUGGACUUGUUAGCAACGCAGAGUAUCGGUAUCGGGAUGUUAUUCUUCCAGCCAUGGGUUUAAAUCAGGGUUCAGAGUAUGACUUUGGCGUGUUUUCUGGUCUUGAAGGAUUUGAAAAGCCUGAUCCGGAAAUUUACAAAAUUGCUCUGAAGAGAGCAGGAAAUAUUGCACCAGAAGAAGUUCUGCACAUCGGAGAUAGCAUGCGUAAAGACUAUGUGCCUGCAAAAAGCAUAGGAAUGCAUGCUUUAUUGUUGGAUAGAUUUAAGACACCGGAUGCCGAAGAAUGGAGGAAAUCUGGCGCAACUGUGCUACCCGACUUGGUUGCUGCACAAGAAUGGCUUACUUCUGAUCAGUCUACUAUUCAGUAGUCUGUACUUUGUAAUGUUUUAAUGCAUGUUUACUUGGCCAACCCCUAAAGAUCAACGGUGUACAAAGUUUACCAAAAGACGAGCGUCUGUACUAUGGCAUGGCACCUUGUCAAAUUUUAAUGAGAGAGAUGAAACAAAAUAUAUGUCUCUGGAAGUAGAUGGUUUGUUUGCU